UGUUGACCAUAAAAUGCGUUUCCGUUCCAAAAAAGGCCAAUUACCAUUUAUUGAAUUAAAUGGUGAGGAAAUUGCCGAUUCAGCGAUAAUUAUUAAAGAAUUAUCAAGUAGAUAUGAAAAGGAUUUGGAUGCUGCUUUAACAUUGGAACAACGUAAUGUAUCGUAUGCAAUGAUAUCGAUGCUUGAAAAUCAUUUAAUUUGGAUAAUAUUUUGGUGGCGUACCAAAUAUCCUGAUUCAAUUAUUAAAGGAUACAAAGUUAAUUUACAACAUGCUUUGGGCUUAAGAAUUCCGAAUUCAAUUUUAAAUUUCUUCUUUAAAAUGGCAUUUGCUAGAAAGUGGUUCCAGGGUUCCAAAAAAGUUAAAGCUCAUGGUAUUGGAGUUCAUACACCACAAGAAAUUGAAGAAUUUGGUAAACAUGACUUAAAAGUCUUAAGCGAUAUGUUGGCGUAUAAACCAUUCUUCUUUGGUGAUGAACCAACUACAUUGGAUGUUGUUGCAUUUGCCGUCCUAUCGCAAUUACAUUUCUUGGCAAAAGAAUGUAAUUAUCCAUUACGAGAUUUUAUGACCGAAAAGUGUCCAAAUCUUGUUGGUCAUGUAUCAAGAAUGAAGGAAAGAUGUUUCCCAGAUUGGGAUGAAAUUUGCACUAAAUUGGAUUUGAAUGCUCAUUUACCAAAACCAGAACCGGAAGCAAAAGAAGGUAAAGAAGGCGAUGCGGAAAAAUCUGUGGAGCAGGAUAAUAACGACACAGAAAAAAUUGAAAAAGAAUUAGAAAAAGAUAAGUCUGACGAAAAAGAAACAGAGGAAAAUAAGGAGAAGGAGGAGGCUAAAUAAAUAAAGCUUGAAGCAUCGUUGUGCAUAAAAAAUUAAAAAAAAAAUCAUAUUAUACUUAUAUUUUUAAAUAAUAUAAAAAUUAUUAAAAAAAAAAACAAAAAAAAAAAAAAACAAAAUUUAUAAUAUUAAAAAUUCAGAUAACACAAAACAACAAAAAAAAAAUUAAAAUAAUUCUUACAUUCUACAAAAAAAAUACAACAAAAUUUCAACAAAGAAAAAAAAAACAAAAACAGUGUAAAAUCAAAAUUUGUUUUCCAUAAUUAUUAAAGAAAAAAAAUUUUUUUUUUUUUUUUUGUCAUUUUUUUAAUAAUUUUUUUUAAUUUGUAUUAUUUGUAUUUUUUUUUUUUUUAGAUUUUAAGUUUAUUUUUAUAUACACAGCAUUAAUGUAUAUGUAAACAAAAAUUUAUAUUAUAUAACUUUAUAUGUAUAUAUAUAUAUAUAUAUAUUUAGAUAUAUACAUUUAACAAGAAAAAAAAAAGAAAAAAUAAUUAUAAUUUUCAUGACAGUAUACAAAAAAUUACAAAUACAAAAACAAAUCCGUGACUCGAACCCACUCAAAAAAAAAAACAAAAAAAAAACGUAAUUAACAAGAAAACAAACAAACAAAAGAAAAAAUCAUUUAAACUUAAAAAACAAAAAUAUUAAAAAUAAAUAACAAAAAAAAAAAUAAAAUUGACAACGUCAAAACGAAAGAAUUUAAACCAUUUUUUUUUCUCUCAAAACUCUCUGUUGUUAUUAACUAAAAGAAAAAGGAAAAAAAAAUAUUAAAUUGACGAAUAAUAAAAUUUAAAAUUAAAAUUUAGAAAUUAAAUCAUUUAAAACAGCCCAGAUUAUAUAAAUAAUGUAAUAAUUACGAGAUUAAGAUUAUCAAAAAAAAAAAAAAAUAUAAUGUAUUAAAAAACCAACACAAACACACACACACACAGUAAACAUUCUUCAUUUUAUUGUACAAUUUUUUAAUUAAAUAUUUUGAUUUAAAAAAUUUAUUAUUAUUAUUAAACAAAAACAGAUAUACAUAUAUAUAUAUAUAUAUAUAUAUAUAUAUAUAAAAUUAUUUAAAAAAAAUUUUACUAAAAAAAUAACAAAAGAACAAAAAACACAAAAAAGAAAAAAAAAUAUCUUUUUUUGUAUUCGUAUUUGUAAUGGUAUUUGUAUUUAUAGAUAUAAUAUUAAAACAAAAACAAAAAAAUUUAAAAAAAAAACAAAAACGAGAAUUUUUCCAUUUUAUAUAUUAUACCAUAUAUAUAAAAAAAAAUAAAUAAAUAAAGUAAUUAAUUAUAUAUUUAAAUAUAAAAAAAAGUGAAAAAAAAACAAAAUUUGACCAUUUUAUUCUUUUGUAAAAUUAUUAAAAAAUUUAAAAUAAAAACAAUGUAAAACAAAAUUAAAAAAAAAAUAUUUGAUAUUAUUAAAAUUUCAAAAAUUGAAUUUCACAUUCGACACCAUUCGAAAUCAUCAGAACAACAAAAAAAAAAUUCAUUUUCAAAUUCACAAUCAUUCAUACAAAAAAUCAUAAAUCAUUCACAAUCGCAUUCAAAAAUUUGAAUAAUUUUCAAAAUAAUUUCGUUAUACUUAUAACGUUAUGUUAUUAAAAAAAAAAACAAAAAAUCUUAAAUUAUGAAACAAUCAUCAUUCAUCAUCUACAUACAUUACUAAAAACAUACCCACAUAAUACAACAUUAUAUGCCAAGAAAAUUGUCAAAAUAUGACACUUCAUUAGAAAAAAAAUGACACAACAUCGCUUCGUCGCCAUUCACGUGAUUUCACGUCACUUCUCGUGUCAUUCAUCAUUUUCUUUUCUUUUCUCUUCUGUUUUAGUUAGUAUGUGACUGAUGAAUUAAAUAAAAAAAAAAUUCGAAAUUUUAUGUGUGAACAAAAAAAAAAAUU